UCUGUUCAGAGAGACCUCAGCAAGUCACGAGCGGGAAGGAACACAAAAGUAAACUCCAGAAUCUACAACGCUGCCAUCCUCCUGGGAUCUGUAGGACAGACAAGGGGCCGUGAGAAGGAGAGAAACUGAUCCCAAGAGCAUCCAGAGUUUGUGGUCUCAAGGAAGGUAACCAACUCUGAUGAAAAGCUUUGCUGUUCCAUGUUCUGAUUUGCAAACAAAAUGAUUUCCUGCACCUGGAUCAGACCAAGACCCAAGCAAAUACAUCCCCAGAGCACUGAAUUCUGCAGCCAGCUUUGCCCUUUGGUCCUCAAUGGCGAGAAUCUCAGCUCCCACUACUCUGGCCAUCCUCCUGACUUGCCUCUUCUCUGGGGCACACGGCCAGACCCCAGAGGCUUUCCAGGCGAGUUCCAUUCCCUUCAAGGCACUCAGCCAGGAGCAGGCUUACAGCCUGCUGCAGCCCAGCCUGUUCCAGGACGCCAAGGCACUCAACUACUCAGAAAGUCUCCCCAAGAGCAGCGGGUCGGAGCCACCCCUACUGCCUGUCUGUGUGAAGCCUGCAGAUAUCAGGCAUGUCUUCAAGUAUAUCAACACCAUCGUGUCCUGCACCAUCUUCAUAGUAGGGAUCAUUGGGAACUCCACACUCCUGAGGAUCAUAUACAAGAACAAGUGCAUGAGGAAUGGGCCGAAUGUUCUCAUUGCUAGCUUGGCACUUGGAGACCUCCUCUACAUCCUCAUUGCUCUGCCCAUCAAUGUCUAUAAGCUCUUGGCAAAGGACUGGCCCUUCGGUGUGCAGGUGUGCAAGCUCGUCCCCUUCAUCCAGAAGGCUUCAGUGGGCAUCACGGUCCUCAGCCUUUGUGCCCUCAGCAUCGACAGGUAUCGAGCAGUGGCCUCCUGGAGUCGGAUCCAGGGCAUAGGAAUCCCCAUGUGGAAGGCAGUGGAGGUGACGCUGAUCUGGGCAGUGGCCAUUGUGCUUGCAGUCCCUGAAGCCAUAGCCUUUGACAUGGUAGAGAUCAACUACUGGGACCAAGACCUGUGGGUGUGCAUGCUUGCUUCCAAACAGAAAUCCAGCUUCAUGAUGUUCUAUCGUGACGUGAAGGACUGGUGGCUUUUCGGCUUCUACUUCUGCCUCCCCUUGGUAUGCACUGGCAUCUUCUACAGCCUUAUGUCAUGUGAAAUGUUGAGCAAGAGAAAUGGCAUGAGAAUCGCUCUGAAUGACCACAUGAAACGGCGUCGGGAGGUGGCCAAGACCGUCUUCUGCCUCGUGGUGAUCUUUGCGCUCUGCUGGCUGCCGCUCCACCUCAGCCGCAUCCUCAAAAAGACCAUCUAUGAUCAGACAGACCCCAACAGAUGUGAGCUGCUCAGUUUCCUCCUCGUCAUGGAUUACUUUGGGAUCAACAUGGCCUCUCUCAACUCCUGCAUCAAUCCUGUGGCUCUCUACUUUGUCAGCCGAAAAUUCAAGAACUGCUUCCAGUCCUGCCUGUGCUGCUGGUGCCAGAGACCUGCUCUGAGCAUCACACCAACAGAUGAGAAGGGCUCUGUGGGGAAGUGGAAAGCCAACGGGCAGGAGCUUGGACUGGACCGGAGCAGCUCCCGCUUGAGCAACAAGUACAGCUCUUCCUAAAGCAGAGAGGAGAAGGCACUGUGACAAGAUGAUAGGACACCUCAGAUUCCCUUGCACAGUUAUUUCCUGGCUGGGCUCAAAUUGUUUUUGCCUUCAUAUUAUAACCCACCUGGGUAAGAGCUGUAGCAUUUCACUGACCCCGGGACUAGCUCUGAACACAGCCUCAGGGCUUUGCUUGUCCAUCCUCCAGUCCAAGUCACCUCUGCAGGAGGAAGAAGAAUGGGACUCAGCCCUCUGUAGGACUUUUCUGUUCCUUGAAGGAUAGCCAAGUGACUUAUGGUCAUUUGUCUUGGGUAGAAACACAGGGUGAGGAGAUUGGUGAGAAAAGUAAAGUUGAGAUGUGGUCAUUUGAAGAUGGAUGUGGGACAGGGAGGAAAGGGCGAGUAACCCAAGCAACAAUGUCCAGCUGAAAAAAA